GGAGAGCUCUGCCUGACCCGAACUUGCUCUACGAUGACCGCGUUUUGCACAACUUACUAACCAUAGAGGAAAGGUCUGCGAAGAGCAGAAGUGCGAAGAAGAAGUUUUCCCUCUGGCCAUGAAUUACUUGGACAGAUUCUUAGCUGUGGUGCCCACUCGGAAGUGCCAUCUGCAGCUGCUGGGGGCAGUGUGCAUGUUCCUGGCCUCCAAGCUGAAAGAGACAAUCCCCCUCACAGCCGAGAAGCUGUGCAUAUACACGGACAAUUCCAUCAAACCCCAAGAGCUGCUGGAAUGGGAGCUGGUGGUGCUGGGGAAGUUGAAGUGGAACCUUGCAGCCGUCACCCCACAUGAUUUCAUUGAACACAUCCUAAGGAAGGUGCCUCUCCCUAAAGACAAGUUGCUUUUGAUCCGGAAGCAUGCACAAACCUUCAUCGCCCUUUGUGCCACAGAUUUUAACUUUGCCAUGUACCCACCAUCAAUGAUAGCAACUGGAAGUGUGGGAGCAGCCAUCUGUGGCCUUCAGCUCGAUGAUGGGGACAGCCUCACGGACCUCCUGGCCAAGAUCACAAACACAGAUGUGGACUGCCUUAAAGCUUGUCAGGAACAGAUUGAGGCAGUGCUUGUGAACAGCCUGCAGCAAGUCCGGCAGCAGCAGCAGCAGAGCAACCCCUCCAAGACAGUGGAUGAACUGGACCAGGCCAGCACUCCCACAGAUGUGAGAGACAUCAACCUGUGAGGACAUCGGCACACAAAGUCACGCUUGCUCCCCCAGCCCCUUUAUUUUUGUUAUUAUUUUUAGAGUGAAUUUUUUUUUAAUCUGCUCCCACAUAGAACAUAUUUAAAGCUCUUUUAGGUAUAAAGAAAAACAAAAAAAAAAGUACAAAAACUGAAUAAUGAAAAAAAAAAAGCAUUUGGUGCCUGUGAUGUUCUACAGAAGGGAAUCCCACAAUAUAUUUGGUAAUUGCUAUUUGAUUAUGUAUCAGUGGUAUUAAAUGCUUAUAAAAGCAUACAAAGUAGCUAGAUCAAUGUAAGCCUGCAUUUGUGGGAACAAAGUAGAGUAUACUUGUCUGUGUAUUAUGAACUAGUGCAUACACCCCUUUUUUAGAUUUAAGAAAGGAAUCGUGUGUGCGAUUUUGUGGCUUGACUAGAUUGCAAAGCAAUAGAAUAAGGGGUUUAGGGCAAAGUGGGAAAAGAUCCCUGAAGCAAUUGAACUAUUUUGAAUGCAGAAGAGAUUUGCUGAUCUGUCACCUCUGUUAUUAGUCAGAAGUGUUUGUUGGAUCUCUGUAUGUUAGUUUUGUUUACUCUUGCUGUCUGUGGUAGCUGCUACCUAAGAAAGAAGAUGCUUUAUUUUACCAGCCAGAAGAGCAGGUGUCUUUUGGGCUUUUUUUUUUUAGUUGAUUUUUUUUUCUUUUUUUCUUUUUUUUUUCCCCCCAACUUCCCCUCUCAACUUUUUAUCUACUUUUCCUUCCAAAAUGGUUCAUUCUAAACACAGCAGCAUCUUUGGCAUGAGGGCAAUUCUGUUUACCCAGCCGUGGGUCGAGCCAAAGUUCCCAAGUGUUCACGCUCAGUGGUGGGAAUGCACGCAUUAAUCCCGACCUGUUGGCUGGGCAGACCACCUCCAACCUUUGGAUUGCAAGAUAUGGUGGAUCAUCUAGGAAAAGCAUUAUAUUCCUUUACAGUGCUAAUGCUUCACAUCCAUGUUAACGUCUGGCAGCUUCUUAGCUUGGCCACAAAGACAUUUAAAUGAUGCUCUGUCCAUCUUCCCUUGUAAUAGCUCUUCACUGUGUUAAAGAAGAUGUGGUUUGGUUUUCUCCCUCAUCUCUCUUCCCCCCCACUUCCCCUCACACUUUUUCAGCAUUUCAUUAACUUUAUUGAUCCACAGUGAGUGUUUUUGUAAACCAUUUCAUUCGAAAAGCACUUUGAAAUUUGUUCCUAAGGGAUUAAAUGAGAUGGUUUAUGACAAUUUUGCCGAGGAAAGAAAAAC